CUUUACUUACCUGAAAACGAAGGAUGACUUUGACCGUGUCAACGGACCUGUCAGUGAACACUUACCCAACUCAAGUAGAGUUAAAGCUACAAGACAAACAAAAAGCUCUGCGGGACAGCAUCGAGAAGGGGGAGCCCAGAAUAUUCGGGGUCGCUCAGAUAGUAUUAGGAUUGCUGAUCAUCUCCUAUUCUAUGCCUCUGCUCUCUGCUGAGAGGACGAUGAUACUUAACUUUGGUGUGCCAUGGUGGAGUGGACUUAUGUUUGUCCUUUCAGGUGCAGCUGCAUUAUCAUUGGAAAAAUAUGCCAACUUGAAAGCAGUCUCUGUUUGUUUGGCAGUCUCUGCUGUUAACAUUAUCAUCUCAGUUAUUGCACUUAUCCUAUACUAUGCUGACAUUGCUUUUAAUCCGGCAACCGCAUGCCAUGAGCAAGCAAGCCAGAUAUGCAACCAACGGUAUUAUGCCACUCAUUUCAGCACAGGAUUGAAGACAACCAUCUCCAUGGUCAGUAUGGUCCAGACAGCAUUGUCCUCUGCUUUUACAGUUAUACUGUAUAAUCAGAGGAGGAACUUUACAGGCUACGUGACCGUGACUGAAUGACAUCCUGCUUAAUCCCAUCCCAUGGACAUUUCUGGAUUUAAAUUAGAGGUCCUUCAACUGUAAACACUUCAUAUAGCCUACAUGUGGUUUUUAUUGUACUUAUGUAAUGCAUUUAAGUGUUGUAUUUUUGUUAUAAAUAAUCAUAAACAUAUAAAGAUUUUUUUUUUUUUUUUUUUUUAAUUAAAGUUAUAUUUAAAGAUGGUCUUUUGUGGUUUAUUUUACAACUUGAAACCACCACAUUAUGAUGUCCCCCAUCGUUUUAGCUCUUCAUUUGUUACUAGAAAAAACAAGACGGCUUCUGGGCAAAUUGUCAGUCACAUGACACGAGAAGUUUACUACGUAAAUUAAGUUUACUAAGGUAAAUUAGCAGUUUACCUUAUUAUUACUCUGACUCUGCCAACAAAUCUAAAUAAUAUAUUUUCAACUUUUUUUUUUUUUUUGUUUGGCAAAUUCUUCAUACAUAAGCAUCUUUUUGUUUGACUAGCAAUAAUAAAUGUGUCAGGUUUUUGGAAAUAUAUGAAAAAAUUAUUUCUAUUAACUCUGAUUAGGUUUAGAUAGCUUUCCUUCAUUGCUCUUACAUUAUUAU